CUUUUACCGGACCACCCACCUUCCUGGGAGAUCUCGUUUUGUCUCUCCACAGUAGGGCAAAUGGAGAAGCGCACAGAGAACAAAGAUAGAAAAUUUCCAACUGGCCAUGAACAAAUUCCAGAGAAAAUUUCUCUCCGUUUCUUAUCGAUUCCUAGCGACCAAACACCCCGCCGAGAAAGCAAAGUUUUCACUUGUUUCUCACUACGCAAACGACCAAAUCACCCGCCAGAUAAGAGAUUCCCACUACCCUUUUCUCGCCCCCCGCCAGAUCAUUCACCACCACCACGAUACAAUAAUGCCGUCGUCCCAAAUCCUCCCCGUCACCACAAUCCACCACCACCACCAUAAAUCCCCCCAAAAUUGGGGGAAUUCUUCCUCCCCGCCAAUUGCAGAGACUUCAUUGUCGAUCAAAGAAGAGGAAAGUGUGAAUCAGAUGGUGAUGAAUCUAGUCAUCGACGACCCUUCAACCCGGCUCCUGAUAUCUUCGCCGCCGCUGUUUUCUUCCUCCGACGAGGUCGCCGCCUCCCACAAGAAGCCCCUGCUGUCGCGGAAUGCUAGCUUCUCAGGUAUUUCUACUGCCAGAAGUAGUACUAGUAGUAGUAGUAGUGGUAGCGAAGGAUUCGGCAAGUUUUAUGAUCACAGCAAGAAGAGGCGUCGUCGGACGGCUAGUGAAACGUGUCUGCUUUCCUCGAUUGUUUGUUCAGAUGGUGGUGGUGGUGGGGCGGGGGAUGAAGGGGCCGGCCGGCAGCAGUCGUUGAGCCGUGAAGUGGGUCAUGCCGCCGCCGAGACGUUUCUGCUUACCAGAUUGAGUUUGCAGCUCUUGACUUAUCUUGGGGUAGGCUAUAGAUGGGUUAUGAGAUUUGUUGCUCUUGGCUUCUACUCUUUGAUGCUUAUGCCGGGUUUCAUUCAAGUUGGAUAUUAUUAUUUCUUCUCCAAGCAAGUGAUCAGAAGUGUAGUUUAUGGCGAUAAACCACGAAAUAGGAUUGAUCUGUAUAUACCGAAAAAUAGCGAUGGGCCAAAGCCGGUUGUUGCCUUUGUAACUGGUGGUGCUUGGAUAAUUGGGUACAAAGCCUGGGGUUCCCUGCUAGGAUGGCAGUUAUCGGAAAGAGACAUUAUAGUGGCUUGCAUAGACUAUAGGAACUUCCCUCAGGGAACUAUGAGCGACAUGGUGCAGGAUGCCUGUCAAGGCAUCUCAUUUGUAUGUGAAAAGAUAGCCGAAUAUGGAGGUGAUCCUAGUAGGAUAUAUUUGAUGGGUCAAUCAGCUGGAGCACACAUAGCUGGUUGUGCCCUUGUUGAGCAAGCGAUUAAAGAAGCUGGUGAAGGGGAGAAUGUUUCUUGGAGUGUUUCUCAGAUCAAGGCCUACUUUGGUUUAUCAGGAGGGUACAACUUAUUUAACCUGGUGGAUUACUUCCACAGUCGGGGUCUGUAUCGAUCCAUAUUUUUAAGCAUAAUGGAAGGUGAAGAGUCUUUAAGAAGGUUUUCUCCUGAAGUACUAGCCCAGGAUCCAAGCUUGAAAAAUGCCAUCUCUCUGCUGCCUCCAGUUGUUCUUUUCCAUGGCACUGCAGAUUAUUCAAUCCCCUCAGAGGCCAGCACUAGUUUUGCUGAAACACUGAAGGAAGCUGGAGUGAGGGCCGAGGCAAUUACAUAUGAAGGCAAGACUCAUACCGAUUUAUUUCUUCAGGAUCCAAUGAGAGGUGGGAAAGAUCAAAUGUUUGAGGAUCUAGUAUCCAUAGUUCAUGCUGGUGACCCAGACGCCGAAGCCAAAGACAAGGUGGCCCCUCCAAGACGUCGCCUUGUUCCCGAGUUCAUGCUGCAGUUAGCUCGUAAAAUGGUUUCGAACAACACCCCGAAUAUUACUAACGCCCAAUUGGGAUCUCUUCUGGUCAAGUUGGGGGUCGCUGCUGGAGCUGUCGUUUACGCCGCUGCGAACUGCCUCUACAAUGUGGAAGGUGGCCACCGUGCCAUCGUCUUCAAUCGGAUUACCGGCAUCCAUAACAAGACUUACCCAGAAGGAACCCACUUUGUCUUCCCCUGGUUUCAAGUCCCGAUCAUCUAUGACGUCAGGGCGCGUCCUCAUCUUGUGGAGAGUACAUCUGGGAGUCGUGAUCUUCAAAUGGUCAAGAUUGGGCUUCGAGUCCUGUCUCGUCCUGUGGCGGAUCAGUUGCCCACAGUCUUUAGGACCAUGGGUAUGAAUUAUAACGAGAGGGUGAUGCCUAACAUCAUUCACGAAACUCUGAAAGCGGUGGUUGCACGGUACAAUGCCAGCCAGCUAAUCACUCAGAGAGAGGAUGUUAGUAGAGAAAUAAGGAGGAUCAUGACAGCAAAGGCCAAAUAUUUCAACAUUGCACUGGAUGAUGUUUCCAUCACUAGUCUGACUUUUGGCAAAGAGUUCACUGCUGCGAUUGAGGCGAAACAAGUGGCUGCUCAGGAGGCAGAGAGGGCUAAGUUCAUCGUGGAGAAGGCUGAACAGGACAAGAAGAGUGCCAUUAUCAGAGCAGAGGGUGAAGCCAAGAGUGCGCAGCUGAUCGGACAAGCAAUUGCAAACAAUCCUGCUUUCAUCACCCUGAGGAAGAUUGAAGCUGCCAGAGAGAUUGCAAACACAAUGUCGCGUUCAUCGAACAAAGUCUUCCUUGACUCGGGCGAUUUGCUGCUGAACCUCCACGAAUUGGAGAUGAAGGCCACUGGGAAUUGAAAUGAAUGAAUUGAUCUCUUUUUGUUGUUAGGUUUCCUCAUGGAUUCUAUCCUGACGCAUUAUGGAAGGGUUAAAAACUUGUUACGGCGGGUUUAGUAGUAAUCACUAAUCAGGGAUGUAGAUAAGACAGGUAGCUCUGCUGUUUUUUUUACUGGGUCGGGGACGGUCGGAUAACUGCGGUCAUGAGAUUUGAUUGCCAUUUCUACGUACAAUGCAGACUCACAAGCAUCCGCAUGCA